AUGCUCGGCGCCUCGCGUCUCGCCGCCGCUGCUGCGCGGCGCUCGGCCGCUCCGCGCGCGCUCUUCCACGGCCUGCCAGGCCUCCCAGCGUCCUCUCUUCUGUCUGCGACGCGCGCGCGGGUCUUCGUGCAGCCGCCGCCGCGCGCGCGAUCCCCGACGACGCUGCUGACCUCGUCCGCUGGCCGCCGCUGCAGCUCGUCCGUGCCCAAGGCCGCGGAGGGCGACGCCGCGGCCGCUGAGCCCAUGACGCACAUGGAGCGGCUCAAGGACCUGUGGCGCAAGUACGGCGUGGUGGCCAUCGGCACGUACCUGUCGAUGUACGGCGUGGUGCUGGGCUCCAUGUACCUGGCCAUCGACCAGGGCUGGGUGCGCACCAACAAGCGGACCAACUCCAAGGGGGAGGGCCAGCCCGACGAGAGCUUCAACCUCGUCACCACCACGAACAAGUGGGGGUUCGUGAAGUUUGCGGAGGAUCUGGGCGUCGCGCAGUACUUGGAGGUGGAGCGCGUGAGCUCCAAGACGGGCACGUUCCUGCUGGCGUGGAUCGCGACCAAGUUCACCGAGCCGGUGCGGCUGGCGGUGACGCUCGCCAUCACGCCGCGGAUCGCGCGGCUCCUGGGCCGCGCGCCCAAGCUGCCGCCCAAGGCGCCGCGCUCGAUUUUGAUGAGGAAGCAACAGGCGCCGAAGGAACAGCCAAAGGCGUAA